GUCCACUAUGACGACUCAAUGGCCAGCUAAUGGAAAGCUAGAAAUCGGCAAAGAAGGCGUUGACUUAUACAAUUUUACGACAAAACCUAACAAUUUGACUGAGAAAAACGUGAAAGUUACUAGAGAGGACGAUAAAUUACGAUUAGAUCAAACUGACGACAGCGGACAGACAUAUAGCUAUACGGGAAGGAAACAAGACGAGAAUGAGUAUAAUUACGUGAUGAUAUACGAUACAGACAGUAAAAAGCUAUCAAUUGAGCCGAUAAAUGGCCAAUAUAGUCUACAGCAGCUCGAGGACGUCGAUGAAUUUCUCGAUAAGGAAUUACUGGAUGGAUUCCAGGAUAUCUCAGACGACGAUCAGGAAGUAGAGAGUAACACGCUACCUGAAGGCGCAGCUUCUAAUCAAAAUACCCAGCCAAUGUCAUUGAACGCAUUCCUAGGAAAUGAUAAAAAUGAUACAGAUGAUGUUGUAUCUAGCUCAGAUGAGAGUAAUUAAUGUGUACUUUUCUAUAGAUUACGUGAUUUCCC